ACCACCGCGAAGCCCAUCCGCGAGUUCGCCCCCUCCUUCCUAGACGACGCCAGCGACCCCAAGGUCGUCGACUUUGUUGUAUGCUGGAAGCCCGACGCCGACGCGCAAUCCCGCCUCAACGGCCUCCUCCGCGCCCAGGACGAGAACCUCCGCACAAUCAACCAGUCCCUGUACAACGACAAGCACCCCGCCCUCAUCUCGAUCGAGACUAAGCGCGGCCACAACGACGAAGACGACGCAAAGUACAAGCUCGCCAUGUGGAUGGCUGCCUGGCAGAACUCCAUCGCACGCUUCACCGCCCCGGAGACGCGCUGCGUGCCGCUGCCGGGCCUGCUUGUGUUUGGACAUACGUGGGAAAUGUACUGGAUGCUGGAUUGCCAGGACGAGGUCGCCAUUGUGAAGGCGCCGUGGGCGGUCGGUGACACGCAGACGCUGCUGGGCUGUUAUCGGCUGCUGGCUGUGCUGAGGUGUCUGUGUCGCGGGUGGGGCGAGGAGGUUUUUCUGCCGUGGUUUAGAGAGAGCGUGCUGGGG